AUGGAAGAGGGAAGAGGAGGAAUCUCCGGCAAAGAGCCGGAGUUCGAUCUCCCCGUCGACUCCGAACAUAAGGCGACGAAAUUCAAACUCUUCUCCUUUAAAAAUCCUCAUAUGAGAACCUUUCAUCUUUCAUGGAUUUCCUUUUUCACUUGUUUCGUCUCCACUUUCGCCUCCGCUCCUCUGGUUCCGAUCAUCCGUGACAACCUUAAUCUCACAAAAAGCGAUGUCGGUAACGCCGGGGUUGCUUCUGUCUCUGGUAGUAUCUUCUCAAGGCUUGCUAUGGGGGCCGUGUGUGAUCUUCUCGGCCCUCGCUAUGGUUGUGCUUUUCUUAUCAUGCUUUCCGCUCCUACUGUCUUUUGCAUGUCGCUUGUUUCCUCUCCCGCGGGGUAUAUCGUUAUGAGGUUCAUGAUCGGAUUUUCAUUAGCAACAUUUGUGUCAUGCCAAUAUUGGAUGAGCACAAUGUUUAAUAGCAAGAUCAUCGGUUUGGUGAACGGGACGGCGGCCGGAUGGGGGAACAUGGGUGGUGGUGCAACACAACUAUUGAUGCCACUCGUCUAUGAUGUUAUUCAUAAGGCCGGCGCCACGCCUUUCACCGCUUGGCGCAUCGCCUUCUUCAUCCCCGGCUGUAUGCAUAUUAUCAUGGGUAUUUUUGUUCUCACCCUCGGCCAAGAUCUCCCUGACGGCAACCUUGGCAGCCUCCAAAAGACCGGAAACGCAAACAAAGACAAGUUCUCAAAGGUAUUAUGGAAUGGAGUAACAAACUACAGAACAUGGGUCUUUGUCCUCCUCUAUGGCUACUGCAUGGGAGUAGAGCUCACCACAGACAAUGUUAUCGCCGAAUACUACUUUGAUCGGUUCGAUCUCAACCUCCGAUUAGCCGGCACAAUCGCCGCAUGCUUUGGAAUGGCGAACCUCCUGGCCCGGCCAUUCGGAGGCUACAUGUCGGACCUUGGAGCUCGCCGGUUUGGAAUGCGCGCUCGUCUAUGGAAUAUAUGGAUACUACAAACUCUCGGUGGCGCGUUCUGCCUCUGGCUGGGCCGAGCAAAUACACUUCUGAUCUCGGUCUUUGCCAUGAUUUGUUUCUCCAUUUGUGCUCAAGCUGCAUGCGGCGCCAUCUUCGGCGUUAUCCCUUUCAUAUCACGGAGAUCAUUGGGAAUAAUUUCCGGAAUGACUGGUGCCGGAGGGAAUUUCGGCUCCGGCCUCACUCAAUUGUUAUUCUUCACAAGCUCCAAGUAUUCAACUGCCACAGGAUUGUCAUACAUGGGCAUCAUGAUAAUGGCAUGUACCCUUCCGGUGACUUUGGUGCACUUCCCUCAAUGGGGAAGCAUGUUAUUGCCACCUUCAAGCAAUCCAGAGAAAUGCACAGAAGAGUAUUACUAUGAGUCUGAAUGGAAUGAGGAGGAGAAACUAAAGGGGUUGCACCAAGGAAGCAUGAAGUUUGCGGAGAAUAGCCGGUCGGAAAGGGGACGGGGUGUCGUUGCGUCGGCACAGACACCUCCUAAUACUACUCCUAUGAGUGUUUAGACGUCAAGGAAGAUGGUGAAGAUGGUGAAAGUUCACUGAUAAUUAGGGUUUAUGUAUCUUUUGGUCACUUGAUUUGUGACACCAUAUAUAUAUAUAUAUAUAUUUAUAUGUAUGUAUGUAUAAUGUAGUAAAUGGAUGCUUGAGUUUGUUUUAAUUCUUCUCUAUCUUAAUUUUAAUUAUGAUACCAAGAAUAAGAUAAGAUCUAAGAAG